CCUCGUAGAUGUCCCCGAUGGCUAUCGCCCGAGAGAAAAACCCCAAAUCUCUGGGCGCGUUAAGCGCCCAAAUUCGCUCGCCGAGAAGGCCCUUAAGCCUCCUUGCCAGCCACGACAGCCUCUGCGGGGUUGGUACCAAAAUUUUGUUGAUCGGUAUUGGAGCUACCGAGAGCCUCGUCCAUAGACCAUUCCUGGGCAGUCAGAAACAGAUCAUUUCUGCCUGUCCACAGGUCUAGCGAUCAGUCAGUCCAUUAUCUCAGUUUCUUGUCUUCUACCGACGCUUCGGCUGCUCUUUCUCCCAGGCAUCCGCCUAGCAAAACUCUCUUACCGAUUUGGACCGCACCCCCUGCUAAGCUACCUGGCCGGCGUUUCCUCCCAAGAACAGGCAAACAACAAUUGCUCCGGAAACCAGACCAAUCUCUUCCGCAGAAAGACAAAGGACUUCGUUCUUCCUCUACGGGAAAGCGACACCGAAACCCAUUCACAAUGGACACAAACACCACCACCAACCCCCGCGGCAUCCCCUCGUUCCCGUUCCUCUCCAAUGUCAACGAAUAUGUCAAAUCGCUCGCGGAUGUCGAAGCCACACUCACGCGGUUCCAAGAGAUGGUUUCCAAGUACACGUUCAUGCAGCAAAACGUCGAACGAAGGGCUGUGGGCCUGAGGGAGAAGUUACCCGAGAUGAAGCGCACACUGGAGGUUGUCAGGUUUCUUAAGAAGAAGCGCGGUGAUACCUCAACAGCAUCACAGGCAGCCAAGACCGGCGCGGACGGGCUUGAUGAUGAGGACCUAGACGAGUUGGAUUUGGAGAGGCCAAAAAAGCAUGGGAUCGAAACGACUUUCAGCCUGCAAGAUACGCUCUACGCCAAAGCCACGAUCAAACCGGCCGAGAUCGAUGAAGUGUACCUAUGGCUCGGCGCGAAUGUGAUGGUCGCAUACCCUCUUGAUGAGGCGGAGGAGCUGUUGCAGGGAAAGCUGGAUAAAGCGAAGGAGAGCCUUGUCGCGGCUGAGGAGGACUUGGAAUUUCUCAGAGUGCAGAUCACGACGCUGGAAGUCGCGAUUGCCAGGGUGCAUAAUUGGGAUGUUGGGGAGAAGAGGAAAUUGAGAAGUCAGGGCAAGCUGCCUGAUAAAGAUGGAGAGGAUGACAAGGGGAAGGACAAGGAUUGAGCUGGGCUGGGCUGAGCCGAACCGAGCUGGACAGACACAGAAGCCUUGCCUGUUGAUAUGAUGGACCAUGCUGGAGCUCUUCAUGCUGCCACGUCAGAACGCCCAUGGCUGGAAGGCAGCAAAGCACGACGAUGGUCAUGUUGAGGGAGGCAGACUCGUGCGUACCAAUUUGGCCGCAGGGAUGAUUUUUUUUGACUAGGGCCACCGUGGGUGCGAAAGCACAUCGUCCGCGAAGUCUCAGGUCUCGACAGAUAUGGUUCUCGGAAUAGGCAUGAAUGUGUGCGCAACGACUUGGCCGCCUGCGCCGUGUUGGACCAACGCACACUGUGAACUUGUUAUGAAGAUCUCUAUGCUCUCCAGGGGGUGCCAACUUGGUCGCUUUUCGACACAGCAGCAGACAUUCUCGUGUCUGCGAACCCGGGCAGCGGUCCAGCCUCGAACGACCCUCGACCCCCGAUCAAUGGAAUCAUGUAUCUACCCACCAAAAAGAGCAUGUCUAAGCCUCCCGGUACGACAGCUAGGCUUGAAUGGAGGCGCCCAAGUGAUGCCGACUGUCUACAGGCGGCUGCCACAAGGGCACGCCGACCUCUCGCGAAGCCUGAUGGCAGAAGCUAGUUGCCGUAGGCUCAUGCGUUGUAACGGUGCGAAGCGACGAGUCAAACUGUAUUGCUAUCUAUAUCUGCUUGGACAGAUUCGGACAGAUACCAUAGCAAGGCGACGUUACAAUCAACAAACAUUUCUAGAGGGCUAAACCGAGUAAAGAGGCCUUUCUCAUUCAUUUAGAGGUUGUGUCUCUCUAGAUUGGGUUUUCCAUUAUCAUCAUGGCCUUAUGGUUCCAGCCGUGAAGCUAACGUCAACUACUGGCACCAUGAAUAGAAGUCCAAGGUUUCCGUGCAAAUCAUAUUGUCUGCG